UCACACCGGUCACAGGUGUGACACUGACAGUGUGAGAUGGUCCCUGCGCAGUUGUAGGAUUCAGCACACACCGUUAUAGACGCGGUGUGCUUUGAUUCCCCGUGAUAGGAUUUCUCCUAAGAUUAUCUUACGGUCAAAUUGGGUUCCACACUAUUAUCUACCAAUAUUUACAGUAUUAACAUCAGGAGAUGUGAGCUGACUAUUAAAACCGCCCAUGCGCUAAACUGUAAUUACACACCAGGAACCAUCUCACACUGUUACACAGGUGAUUAUUCUACCCGGUGGCUACAAUCACUGGAAGGAAAGAUAUUUUUUUCUUCAAAAAAAUGUUAUAGAAUUUAAUUUGCAGAUGGAAAAAAGUUAAUAACGCGAGCGCAUUCAGCCGUACCGAUGUCAUCCCUCUCAGUGAUUGUAGUGGCCUAGCGAAUAUUCACUGCUGAUUAUAUUUACUAGUGGUCAGUGUGAAACUGAUUGAAACUAUUUUACAUAUUUUAACACUCGGUCAACCAAAGGACUCCGAAUGCAUGAGUCGCUUAUAUCAACAUCAAAGUACAUUUUGUACUAAGAAGAAGAGGUGGGCCUACUGCGGUGGUCGUAUGAAACAUUGGGGUCAUGAGAAGAUGAAUUAUAUCAACAGCAUUUCUGUCCUGACAAAAUUUUCUCAUAGCACACCGCAUGGCCCAGUUGCUGCAGAAAAAAAUAUUGAAGUCAUGGACAAUGAUGACAGCCAUGUUGAUGCCUCUUCAACAAGAUGGACAUAUAUAGAUAAACCUGGUGAGAAAACGCAAAAUGUUGUUCACAUACUUGAGCUACCCAUAGACCACGGAAAAAAGGAUCCUUAUACCUCAUCAAAUAGUCUGACAAUCAGCUGGACUAAACAGGCUAUUUUAGAUUUGAUAUCUCUGCACCAAGAACAUGAUGAUUUUUUUCAUAGCUCAGAGUACAAGAAGAAGUCUGUCUGGGAAAUGAUUGCAAGGCGCUUAAGAGAGUUAGGUUAUUCCUAUUCAUGGGUUCAAGUAGAGAAUAAAUGGAAAUCAUUGACAAAAACCUAUCGAGAUGUGGUGAAUUAUAACCAUAAAAAUGCUCAAAUGAUUCCAAGAACAUGCCCCUUUUAUAAAGAACUUUCUGAGGCAUAUGAGUACACUCCUGCAACAAGUACAAAUAUAUCAUCUGCUUCAAAUGCGGUGACACCAACUAUUAUACAAAUUAAAACCAUAAAAAGAGAUGCAAACUUUUUAUCAGACUGUGAUAAAUGUGAACCAGACAGAAAAAAAAAAUACAUAAACAAUCAAGCAAAAACAGAUCUACAAGAACUUAGCUCUAUAAUAAAAUCGUUUAAUGAAGAAAGAAAAAGACAAGAUAAAGCCAAGCUAGAUAGGCUUGAAAAAAUGCACCGAGAAAAAAUGGACAUGUUUUCAUCAUUCUUGAAAGUAUUUCAGGACAGUUUAAAGAAAUGAUCAACUUUUGUUCAGAGAUCAGCAGACUGACUUAGCCUGACGUGCAAAUGAUUUUCAUCAAAAAUAAUGCACAGCACUUAUAGAAAUAGAAAUGAAAUAAUGACCUGGUACAAAUUUGCCAGGUGAUAAUAAAAAACUUGCAUUCUUUUUUAUACACCCACAUUUUUAUGUGGAUGUAUAUUGUCGUCGCCCCUUUCCGUCCACAAUUUAUUUGUGGAUACUCUAUGGGUCACAAUAUGUAUACGCCCACCAUGAAAUGUGAUUGUAUAAUGUCGUCUCCGCUGCGGUCCGUCCAUCGUCCACGAUUGAUUGUGGACGCUCAAGAGUAGUGCUCCUACGGUUAGGACUUUUUUGUUAUUCGAAUAGCCGUAGCUAUUAAUCGGUUAGUAACCGUUAACCGCAUGGUAUCAAUUUUAAACAUAAAACAGAGCUUGUCAGGAGGUGCGAGUCAUUACUUGUGCACACGCUAUACUCGCCUAAAAGGCAUUACACGCGCAAAAAUGUCAGGAAUUUUUUCAGACAUGUACAAUUCUUUAAUGAAAAUUUAAACUAUCUAAGGCCGUAAUUAUUUAUUUACCUGGUUAACUUGGUUCAUUUGAAACAUUUUUUAAUUCUAUAUAACGAUAAUAUACAAAACAAUACUCUAUUUCCCUUCGUACGUGACAGAUGGCGAUAAUAUUACGAUUACACAAUGUUACUAAGAAUAGAAUAAAGUAAAUUGGAAGGCGUCUAUUGAUUGGACAAUAAAAAAAUAAAUCCUCGCUUGCAAGUAGAAUUUUUAUGAUUGGUUAAUUUAACUAAAAACCAAAGUAGAAUUCUUGCGAGAAAUUACGAGAUAUGAAACGUGUUGAAUGUCAUAACGAAUCUAGUAUAAUGUCAUUUUCUAGCCUUUAUGAUUAUAUUUUGAAUGGUGGUUACGUUUUGAAGUAAAUAAUAAACAAGGUAGAAUAUAGUUAGAAAUGCCGAGAAGUAUUUAGAUUGGAUUAACAAUAGCAAAAGUCAGAACAAGGUCUGUUGACUUUGCCGUAUGACUACGACGAGUGCUAUUAAUAGUAUUAUUUUUUAGCAGUCGACAUUUGAACCGUUUAACCGCCCAGUAUUUCACCGUUACACCGUAAUGUUGGUUGAGUUAGUGAAAAUCGGACCAAAACUGCCAGACAAACUAGCCGCCCCCAGUACGCAUAAAGUGUAAAGUAUGUUACACCAAAGUUGUGUACCCUAUAAGGUCACAAUUUUUAUCCAAUUUAAAAAAAACAAAAAAAAACGUUCAAAUAUAUAAACAUUACACCUUAUUGUUGGUUGAGUUCGGACCAAAACUGCCGGACAAAAUGGACACCCCUCGUACGCAAAAGACUGUAAUACCAAGGUUGUGGACCCGCUAGAGGUCACCAUUUUUCAUCCGAUUAUGAUGAAAUCUGAAAGAUAUGUUUAUAGCCAAAAGAUCUUGGUUACUUUUGAUAUUCGCGCAUAUCAGACCAUAACUUCCUGGAUUUAUGGCCCCCGAUUGCUUUUUUAGCUUGUUCUCUAUCCAUCUCUUGCAGAAUAUGGGCAAUCUUGCCUGGCAACUGCUUGUUACUUUCAAACGAUUGCCUGGAAGUUGCGGUAUUUUUCUGGUCUUACAGACCAAUACUAAUAAAUUUAUUAUUGUUCUUAAUUCCAUUAAUGGGAUGAGACUUAAUUUUGUUUUGCAAAACCAUGUAUAUGCUAUUUAAAAGGGCAGUACCAGAUAUAUUUUAUUGAAUAAAGCUCAAAAGUUCUA